UCUCGGACUUGCCGCAAUGUAGAGAAGAAGGCGCGCAUUAGACUCUCGGCCCGCCAUGACCCUGAUUCGAGAUGUGCAGAACUUGCUGGAGCGAAAGCUCCACACCUCUCUCAGGCUGUCCUGGCUCGAAGCGCACCUUCUGCAAAAAAAUGGCUCGCUCGAAGUCGCCAACUCUUCUCUGAAUAGCCUUGCGAACGCCAUAGAAGAGGAGCUGCUAAACACGGACUUAGGACUGGCCUGUCUCAGGUCUCUGCCAGACAACGUCAGCCAGAUUGAGAGAGGCGUCGUCGGCUCUUCUUCUGCUCACUUGGUACAAAUCGAAGAGCUCGUCAACAUUGGCCAGAGCUUGGAGCACCGAUACGAGGACUCUCCGCACCGAACCCUCAAAAUGACUCUGCACGAUGGCGUGCAACGUGUUGCGGCCCUUGAAGUCACGAGAAUAUCCCAGCUGAAUCUGACAUCACCUCUGGGUAUGAAAGCGCUUGUCAAAAAUGCCCUAGUGUGCCACGGAGUCUUAUGUCUCCAUCCGCACAACCUCGAAAUUCUGGGCGGCUGUGUCGAACCGCUCAACGAAUACGCCAAGUUAUCGCGAGUACAACAAAAAAAAAGCCUCAUUCCAAAGGAGUGGGAGGACGAGCUCGGUGCCGUAGAGCUCAGCGAAGCCCAAGACCACCAAGUCCCCCAAAAAGAUGCCUCAGUGGACGACCACGACCUCCAAAACGUGCCUUCUGUCGCAGAAUGUCCUUUGACACCUGUCUCCGUCAAGCUAGAUCGCGGCCCGUCCCAUUUCCCAAAAAGUGAACACUUCUAUGUUGUACCAGACGUGACCCCAGAAGGCGGCCAGUCGCCACCCCUUCCCAUCGCCACCUCCAACUCCCCAUCGAGGCAACCAGAGCACCUGUCGCCCACCACCCUGAACGCAGCAUACGCGAGCUACAUCGCGCCCACGGGAGAGGCGGACGUCCUCUCUGACAGCUGCGUAGAGCCCUGCGAAGUGCUCGAAGAAUCGCUAGAAAGAGAAAUAGAGGACUUGAUCUUUCGAGUCGAGUCAAGCAAAAAAACCCGCAAAGAGAAUUUCUUAGUCGAACUGGCAAACUUCGACCUGGAAGAUGCGGACAUGAUCUACAGCGGACACAUUCACUCAAAAGACAUGGAGGCGGUGGAGGACAGCCAAUUCACCGAGUUCGAGUAGGACAACAACUCUCGAAAUUUUGUAUGCGCGCGACAAUCUAUCGCACUCCGCAAGUCCAUAUCCCGUCGCGCGUUCUGCGAGAUCUGCUCAUAUUCUCUCUGGCGACAAUUUGAUUCCCAGCAACGCAUCGCGUA